AUGGCCCACCUGGGAGCCCACUUUGCCUUCAGAUCCCGCUGGCAGAAGACCGAUGAUGAACUCUGUCGACAUAGCAUGUCCUUUAUUCUUCACAAAGCCAUUUGCAAUGACUUCUUUCAGAGCUAUCUCUACCUGCUGGAAAAUAUUCCCCUGGUGAAAUUGUAUGCUUUAACAAGUCAGGUCAUCAAUGGUGAGAUGCAGUUCUAUGCCAGAGCUAAACUCUUCUAUCAAGAAGUACCAGCUACAGAAGAGGGUAUGAUGGGAAAUUUCAUUGAACUGUCCAACCCAGAUAUCCAGGCCUCUCAGAAAUUCCUCAGGAAAUUUGUUGGGGGGCCUGGGAGAGCUGGGACGGACUGUGCCUUGGACUGCGGCUCCGGGAUAGGAAGGGUCAGCAAGCAUGUCCUGUUGCCGGUUUUCAACACGGUGGAACUGGUGGACAUGAUGGAAUCGUUCCUCCUUGAAGCACAGAAGUACCUGCAGGUCAAAGCGGACAAGGUAGAAAGCUACCACUGCUAUGGCCUGCAGGAAUUCACACCCCCACUGGGAAGAUACGAUGUCAUCUGGAUUCAGUGGGUCACUGGGUACCUGACCGAUAAAGACCUUCUUGCGUUUCUUUCCCGGUGCCGAGAUGGCCUGAAGGAAAACGGCAUCAUCAUACUGAAGGACAAUGUGGCCCGGGAGGGCUGCAUCUUCGAUCUCUCUGACAGCAGCGUGACUCGGGACAUGGACAUCCUCCAGACCCUCAUUAGGAAGAGUGGGCUGGUGGUGCUGGGCCAGCAGAAGCAGGACGGCUUUCCAGAGCAGUGCGUCCCAGUGUGGAUGUUUGCGCUGCACCACGAUGGAAGCUCCUGACCAGCUGCCGGAGUGAACGGCUGCACUGCACAGUGGUGCUUUGGGAAGAGUGGCUCUCCUCUGAUUCACAAGUUACAUCCCUUGUGAUCCAUGGAGGAAUGAACAGAAGGGAGGCAAUGUAUGUUUCAAAACAGUUGAUGUCAUGUUUCCGCUAAUUAUGUAAGUACAUGCACACACGCUGUGACUUUUCCAAAAGAUAAAUGGAAUGUGACAUCUGGAAAAACAUCUAAACUGUACCAGUGUACCCAUAAAAACAGGAAAGGGAGCAUCAUCCACAAAAUAUAAACUGCGUUGGUCUCUGAAGAUUUGCAUUAAAGAGUAGUUUAG